AAUCAACCUAAAUUACAUGGAUAUGUUUAUGGACAUGUGCAGAAUAGAGGUGUGUGCGAGUAAUCUGUAUGGGUACAUGUUAUUGUUAAGUUUUAGCAUAUAUUUUGGAGAACCUGUGUGAGAAUAACAAUACUGAAUCGCACCCUUACUUGUAUGGGUACAGAUGCAUUAGUGAAAAUGAUGGAUUGAUGUGAUACAACAAGUGAUUAUAAAAGCAAAAUGUGUGAAAAGCGAUAUGGUCUAUGAGACUCCAAGCAAAAAAAUGAGUAGUGAAGCAUACAAUACAGAACGUCAAAAACUACUAAACAUGUAGUAUGAAUUUAGUGCUAUUACAAUCAAAUUGCAAUUAAAAUAGUUUCAAUAUCUUAUAUACGAUAAUUUAUAUGUUAGUCAAAUUCCUUGAAGUUGAAUUUCAAAGUACCGAGUGCUUCUCGUUGGAAUCACUUUUAAGUGUCAUUGUCUAAAGUGCAUCUUCUAUGAAGCGCUUGGCUUCUACUCAUGAAACAACCGCUAAUGAAACAAUAACCUCUCACUUCAUGUUGCUUCACUGUUGUGGCUUUUAAUAACAUUGACUAUAGCAACCAAAUUAUCCUAUCUCAUUGAGUGGAACUUCAGUCAAUGACUCAAUGAUGUGGAAGGAAUUGAAGUUUCCAUUAACACGUAAGGCAUAAGCAUUAUACUUGUAGAAAAGAAAAAGAGAAAAACUGAUGAUUUAAGAAAGUGUACUGUUUCUAGUCUGUAGUUUUGACUAUGUAUGUCACUACAGGCAUGAGAUAUAGUUCUCAAAUUCAUCAUAUAAUAUAUCGAUCUUUUCUUGUCAUGGAAUUAAGGAAGGAUGGAGCUGAUCCGGCAUUUGGUUAUAGAAUGGAUUGACGAGAAGGAUGAAUCAUCCUAAACAUGUUCGAUUAUUAUCCUGCAUGGAGAGUUCAAGGUCAUCAUUUAUCAGCAAUGCCUCACAGAGCUAGGCCUAUGACAGGUCUCCUGCUGUUUACUGGACUUAACGUUGUUUUGGUCUCAACGAUAACUCCUGUCUAUGAUUUCGUAUGCUUCCAUCCAUAUUGGGAAAGAAGAAGAGAGCAUCGGCGUCGUGAACGUGAAGCAGCUUUGAGAAGUUCAACUUCUGCUCAAGUCUGAUAUCAAGGUUGGAGAUUCUGUAUAGCAGAACAAAACUGAUAUUCAGAGAAAGUAUUUAAAGCAACGACAGAAGUUACGUUGGAGCCUGCACGUGCUUCUGGAUUUUUUGCUGUUCCCCUGGUACUUACAUAUGGAGUCAUAAUUUCAGGUUGAGCAAGUAUUGAGCUGGCUUACAAGACACAUCUUACUUGUCUACUUGUUCUUUUCAAAAAGAAUUGUGACAUUAAGGUUUUUUUGUUUUUCUGAGGAGACCAUUGUUGUUCCAUCUGUAUUCGUGUGUGUUUGGCUGUCUGAAUCUGGAAUCAAGAGAACAGAAAGAUCUUGGGUAGUUUCGCGGUUCUUUAUCGCGAUGCUUAUCAUGUAUUUAGAGGCUUUAGAGCGUAGUGCUAGAUGGUUUUCGAGACUGAUUAGAGCUCUUUUGCUUUGAUGCAAGACUACUAUUGGUAAAGUCAUGGUAUUUGUUAAUCUUACAAGAAAUUGCAAGGCUUUGAUA